GCACACGCCGACGCUUCCAUCGCUUCCCGUCCCCGUCUCCCUCUCCCUCGCGAGUCGGGCUUCUUAGGGUUUGGGUCCUUGGAACUACUUCUUCGGUGGCCUGAUCUAUUCCACUACGAUAGCAAUUUCCCCAGAGGACACGGAAGAAGACUGCCAUGACUUCAGAAACCUCUCUCGAAAGUGAGAAAAAGAUUUCUCUGACCUUAGAGGAUACACAGUCUAACAUUAACUGGGAUGAUAUAGUUUGCCCUAUCUGUUUGGAUGUUCCGCACAAUGCAGUGCUACUUCACUGCGGUUCAUAUGAUCAAGGGUGUAGAGCAUUCAUGUGCGACACUGAUGAUUAUCACUCCAACUGUCUUGACCGAUAUAAAUGUGCACAUGGUUUGCCUACCAUCACGACGGUCUCCUCAACUACAACCGGGACACCCACUCAAAGCAUUCGAGUAAUUCCUUUGGGUUCUGGUAGCAGCCCUACCUGCCCGUUGUGUCGAGGGAAUGUGACAGGGUUGGUCGUAGUUGAUGAGGUCCGUGCAUACCUUAACAUGAUGAAGAGAUGUUGCGAAGAGAAGCAAUGUUUAUAUGUCGGCAACUACAUGGAACUGCAACGGCAUGCCAAACAAGAGCACCCUCAUUCUCGGCCAUCAAAAGUGGACCCAGAUAGACAACAAGAUUGGGAGAAUUUUCAGCGCUCCUCAGAAAUGAUAGAUGUCUUGAGUACUAUUCACUCAGAAAUGCCACAUGGUGUUUUGUUUGGGGACUACAUCAUUGAGUAUGGGGAUGAGAGCAGUGAUGAAUUUGAGGAUUUCCCUGGAGAUGACGGCAAUUGGUGGACCUCUUGUAUUCUCUAUCAUGUCUUCGACAACUUCAGGUCAACGAUAGAUCGGCAGAGAUUAAGAAAUGAAGAGACAAGUAGAGUUCAAGCUAGAUCAUUCUAUGAUGCUCAUAUGGAUGAUGGUUCAACGUCAUCUGCUGACAUGCCAGAAUACCAUUUUGAUGGAAGUGAUGAGGAGUUUGGAGAAGCAGAUGAUGGAGCAGCAUCCAGGGGAAGCCAGAGUCACCGCAGCUACAGGAGGCGCAGGUCUCGAUUCCAAGAACACUAGCGUGUUACCGACCGCAGUCAGUGGGAGGUGCCUAACCUUCGUCUCUUUAUGGUUGUUGGCCAAAAAGUUCCACAUGACUCUGUGUUACCAUUGUAAAUGAUUCCGUGCUGCUCGAUGCUCCAUGUUGCUGUUUGAAACAAAGCUUGGUUAUAUAACAAUCCUAUUAGUUCUUUCUGUUGCC